GGCCGGUAACGGCUGGAAGGAGCGGCGGCCAUGGCUCCCCCCGGCUCCUCUCAGCGAACCAUGGAUGUGUCCAGGCAGUUCUUCGGCAAGCUGCGAGCCCUGGCUCUCACGCUGGAGAGGGAGGCGAAGCAGCUGGAGCGGGCCCUGCGCCGGGAGGAUGAGGGUGAGGACUAUGAAGAAGAAUCUCCAAUAAGAGUCUUACAGGACCUGCACAGUGAAAUCAGGACUCUGAAGGAAGAUGUUAAUGCCAGUCUUGGCAAGAGUUGUUCUGAAAGGCAAGAAAUUAAUGACUUUAUGAAGGCAAGUGAAAUAUUGAUGCAAAGAAAUGCAGCAGAUCUGGGAAAAAUAAGAGAGCUGUUCCAGAAAUAUGGCUACAAACCACGUGUCAAAGUCUCUACAGAGGAACAGGAAGUUAUCAGUGAUUCAAAGGUGUCUGUCCAGAAUAAACCUGAUGAAGAAAAAGCAGAUGAUGUACCUCAUCUUCCUACUUGUAUUGAGAACCCACCAGUGCCCAGAGACCCACUGUGUAACCCCCAACUUUCAGAUUUUGGUCUUUCACAGUAUGCUUUCUCUAGGCCUUGGAGUACAGUAAAUGGACAGCAAGCAACAAAUUUGCAUCAAGAAAGUUCAAAAACCAAGACUCCGCUAAAAACACGUACCCCCUGUAUUUUGCCCAAAACACCAAAAUGUAUGCUCAAAAUGGAUGACUAUGAGUGCUUAACACCAAAACUUGAACACUUUGGCAUUAGUGAACAUACCAUGUGUAUGAAUGAAGAUUAUACAAUGGCACUUAUUCGUAAAACUGCUGAGGCAAGCAAGAACUUACUUAAAAAAGACGAUCAUGAAGUGAAUGUAGCAAAAACAACAUCCAAGGAAAUCAUGGAUACACCUGGGCCAAAAGCAAAAACAACAGAAGAGAAUGCAGCGGACUGUAUGGCUUCUCCUAUGGUACCAGUGUUCUGUACGCCUGGUUUGAAAAUCCCUUCCAGAACAGAUAGUACAAUGUUAUCCAAGUCACAAGAGAUAAACAAACUGCUUCUUCCUAAUCAUGCAGGAACACCACCACUUCCAGAUUUUGAAACAAGAUGGCUAAAGGUAAAGCCGGGGGAAAAGGUUGAGUCAGUGACAGAAAAUGAUGCAAAAGAAAAACAAACCAUAGAAGAUAGCAUUCCUCCUACUGUGAGCUCUGAUGAGUAUCUUAAACGUUUGGGAGACCCUUCUCCUCCUAAAAUAAAGCAGUACGACCAUUUGCUCAGUACUCCUCCACCUCCAGAAAUAACAAGGAUACCAGAUGAUGUCCUACAGAUUCUGUCAAAGUAUAACCAUAAAGUAGACUCUUCUAAAGCCAAGAAAAUGGAGACUAAUGCAGGAGGCACUACAAGAUUUGAAAGUGAUUUCUUUGAUUACUGCAACAAAGAGAACAGAAAGCCAGUUGCCAUUAUUCAGAUGUUCCAGUACUCGUGGUGGUUGCGUGUGUCCCAUCAACAUCUGUAGCUGAUACUGGAGUUGCCCUGGAUUUUGGGAGUACUGUUCGUGGUCCCAUGCCUUGGUUCUCCAUGGGACAGUAGUACAGAGAUGGUGGCAUUUAAAAGGAGCAGUGACAGCAUCCAGUGGCUGCACUAUGGAAUCGCAUGCAUGCUGUUCCACAGAAAUAUGACUUUCUACUAAAAAUAUAUCAGUUGAUACCAGCUAUUUCUCAAUCAACCAGAAGGUAAAACUUCUUGCUAUUCCUAUGGUAAUACCCUCUUUUACAAAGGGGCAGCUGACAUAACAGCUGGGAGCUGACCAGAUCCAUGCACUGCUUUGGCCUUGUCUAAUUCAAGUUGAAAGGUUUUAAAAAGAUGGCACAAAUAUGGGAAAAUGGUCCAUGGAAGAACAUGCUCUGCUACAUAUGGACAUUUCUCCUAGGAAAAGAUCAAGCAAAGGACGGUCUCAUUGCAGAGUACCCGGCAGGAAAGUGUUCAAAUGCUUUCAUGACGCAUUCCUGGCUAAAGCCCUGCAGUUCUGCUCCCUACUGAUUGCUUAUGAGGUUGUUGGAAACCAAUAUAAGGCCUUGCUGCACAGUCCUGCCUUUCCUCUCCCCCAGUUGCAGGCUCCCAUGCCCUUGAUUCCAUCACUGCAGUUGCUGCUGCGGCUGCCUGGGAAGGGUUUCCUGCUUGCCCAGCUGCCAGAACUAAUUGCUGUUUUGCAAGGUUACAUUGCCCUGGGCUCUGCGCAGCCCCAAAUCACUGCUCACCUGCACAGGUACUGACUGGUGCUGGGGCAGAAGGGAAAGGGCCAGGUGGAGGGCAAGCACAGAUGUCUUUUCUCACCAGCAGUUUAAGCAGCUCGUGAAACCAUACCCUUGCAUAUAGGCAUCAAACUGCCUUGGCUGUCUGUACAGCUGUUUUGGUAAAGUUUCCUGUAGCCACUGCUCCAUGAGAAGUUCUAGGGCAGCUGAAGCAGCUCCUAUUCUUCCCCCCAGCACCCAUCACUCCUCCUCCUGAGCCCACUUGCAGAUAACACUUAUUUUUUUCCUGCUGUGUCAUGGCUGAGCCUGCUUUUGACCAGAGCUGUAAAGCAAAACUUAAGCCUUCUGAAUUGCUCCAGUCAGGAGAGCUUGGUGAUGGAGCCAGGAACAUCGCUGAUGCAACAGAAUUUACUGACGAGGCAAGUGUGGUUUGUCCUCACCUCUUAAAUAAGGAGGGGCUUAACCCAGACGCCAGCUCCAUCAGCAGAAAUGCAGCCAGCCUCUCCCAAAACCUCUACAUAAAAACUUAUGAGGGUCAAGGUCAUCACAGAGGCAUAUGCCACUGUGGGAGUGGGACCCCGUAACAGAGGGGUGGUGAAAUGAGAGGGGGGCUGUGGAAACAGCCCUUAGUCUAAGGGCUGAGAGGAAUAACAGAGAGGGAUUUGACUCUUUUUUCCCAUUAUGUUAAAUGAAAGCCUGACAAGCAACAGCAUCAGCAAUUGUUAUGCAAGUUAUAACAAGGUAAUGGUGAGGGUUUUUGUGUUUACAUAAAAAAGCAUUUGUUGCGACACACCUUUUUUAUUAAGUUUCAAAAAAGCAUUGGUUUAGAUGGAUGAAAUGAGAGGGAAAAAGUGGUUCUGAGAACCAAGUUUGCUUGGGGAAGCAGAACUAAGUCCUUCAGGAAAAACAAACCUGGAGUAGCAGGAGAGGUGUGCCAAGGGAGUAUAGAAACGUAAAGCCACAUCUGCGGGAGCGGAGCAGCUGAGUUAGCUGAAUGCAAAAAGGCUAAAUUAAGGGAACAGUUUUCUGG